AUGGCUUCUUUAUUACAGUCGCGGGCACCCUCAUGCCUAGCAUGCCUUCGCAGGACGACAAAUAGUUUUGGUGAUGGGCUUCUAUUCUCAAGUAGCCAGCAGGUUCGAGGGAAGAAGAAGCUUGCGAAAGAAAAAGAUCACAACGUUACCGUUCAGUUACUGAAACCUGUGGUAGGAAUUGGCAGAAAGGGCAAAAUUGUUCAAGUUCCUCCCGGAUUGAUGCGAAAUAAAUUGUAUGGCAAGGGAUUUGCUGUAUAUGUGACACCUGGAGAAUCUGGAGAAAGGGGCUUGAGGAAACUCGUCUCUCCUCCUGAUAGUACUUUCGGCAAGCGCAAAAUCAGAAUAGAGCAGGUACAAAAUCAGGAGAAGCCAGACAAAUUCCCUAGCGGAGAACGUCGACUGAAUCUCAAGAAGGUGGUUGAGCUUGAAUUACUGAGCCCCCAACGCUCCACUGCUAUCUUAUCCGAUUUAAUGCCACCUUACAUAGAAUUCUUCGAAACAGCCAUCACCAUUGCCCCUCCACCAGUAAAGAAGGUCUCGCCAUCUUUAGCGUCAUCUUCCUCCGUCUCCGCCGCGGCCGUCCAGAAUAGUGCGGGGAAGCCAGAGAAGGUACCCAUCUAUGGGUCGGUAUCGACUACGGAUAUAGCCACGAAAAUGAAAACCAUUUUAGUUCAGGACUCUGAGGGAAAGCGGGUCGUAUUUGGACCAGAAGAUAUCAAAUUUGUCCAAGAGACAGAGGAGAAGGACCGCGUCAAACAUUUAGGCAUUUAUGAGGUUGACAUACAACUCAAGGGUGCUACUGAUAUUGUUCGAAGGUCUAUCAAAAUCAAUGCACAAGAUUAG